CUGCUUCAGUCUCCAACCUAUUCAGACAAGUGCCAGGUUGAAGUCAUGGAUCUGCACACACAGUUCCAAAGAAUGAUUCAACAGAAUAUACCUAUUCUCGUACGGAACUCCCCUGCGUCCGUGGAAACGGACAUGGGCUAAAAAAAGGCAAAGAUCUCAGCCAGCCACCAACCACAGUAACAAUGGGUUCGAGUAAAUUGAAAAGAGCCAUUGGAGCGGUCAAGGACCAGACGAGUGUGGGCCUUGCAAAAGUCGGAGGACGAAGCGCUUCGUUGUCGGAACUGGACGUGGCCAUUGUGAAAGCGACCAGACACGAAGAGUACCCAGCGGAGGAGAAAUACAUAAGAGAGAUACUGAGUCUAACCUCGUAUUCACGCAACUAUAUCAGCGCGUGCGUUAACACUCUCUCUCGAAGGCUCAACAAGACAAAGAACUGGACGGUGGCUCUCAAGACAUUGAUACUGAUCCAACGCCUCCUGGGAGAAGGAGAUCAAGCCUACGAGCAGGAGAUCUUCUUCGCGACUAGGCGUGGGACCAGGCUCCUGAACAUGUCCGAUUUUAGGGACGCCUCUCGCUCUAAUUCUUGGGAUUAUUCGGCGUUUGUCAGGACGUAUGCUUUGUAUCUGGAUGAAAGGCUUGAUUUCCGGAUGCAGGGGAGGCAUGGAAAGCGGGGAAUCUAUAGCGUGAGCGAAGAAGAAGAGGACCGUGAUCAUGAUCGGGAUCGGGAUCGGGAAGAAUCUGAUCUUUCUUCUGCUAUCGUCGUCAGGUCAAUGCCCAUUUCUGAGAUGAAAACAGAGCAGAUUUUCACCAGAGUUCAUCAUCUUCAACAACUUCUCGAUCGUUUCUUGGCUUGUCGCCCUACAGGAUCUGCGAGGAACAACAGAGUGGUGGUUGUGGCUCUGUAUCCAAUAGUGAAGGAGAGUUUUCAAAUAUAUUACGACAUAACAGAGAUUCUGGGAAUCUUGAUCGACCGGUUCAUGGAGCUAGACAUUCCCAAUUCAAUCAAGGUCUACGACAUCUUUUGCCGCGUCUCGAAGCAGUUCGAUGAGCUUGAUUCAUGCUUUACCUGGUACAAGAACAUGGGCAUUGCUCGAUCUUCUGAAUAUCCCGAGGUGGAGAAGAUCACCCAGAAGAAACUCGACCUCAUGGAUGAGUUCAUCAGGGACAAAUCUGCAUUAGUACAAACCCAGAAAACAAAAUCUCUCAAAUCUGAGGCCGACGAAGGCAGCGAGAAAGCAGAUAACGAAUCCGAAGCACAAGAAGACAUGAACUCGAUCAAGGCAUUGCCCGAACCCCCACCGAAAGUACAGGAACCCGAAAACGAACAAGAAACAGAGGAAGGACUAGAAAUAGAGAAACAGAAUCAACAACAACAACAACAACAAGAGGGUGAUUUGCUGAACCUUGCGGACACAGCUGGCGAAACCAGCGGCGGAGACAGCUUGGCAUUGGCGUUGUUCGACGGAGCUGUGUCCGAGACGGCGACAGCUCCGCCGUGGGAGGCAUUCAAGGAUGACGCGGCAGAUUGGGAGACAGCGUUGGUACAGUCGGAGACAAACUUGUCGGGACAGAAGACACAACUCGGAGGAGGUUUCGACAUGUUGUUGCUCGACGGGAUGUAUCAGCACGGCGCCACCACUGCCGCCGUCAAUGCCUCGACUGCCUACGGAGCCAGCGGUAGCGCCAGUAGCGUCGCCUUUGGCUCCGCUGGCAGACCUGCACCCACAAUGCUGGCAUUGCCGGCUCCUCCUCCGACUGGUAACAGUAACGGUAACGGUAGCGGUCCGGUGAACCUCGACCCGUUUGCGGCGUCGCUGGCAGUGGCGCCGCCACCGUACGUGCAGAUGCAGGACAUGGAGAAGAAACAGAGGCUGUUAAAGGAAGAGCAGAUUAUGUGGGAGCAAUACUCGAAAGAUGGAAAACAAGGCCACUUGGGUUUCAGACAGAACCUUAACCCUAAUUUCCCUUACUCCCCCAGUCCUUUCUCCUACUCACCUCGCUAUUGAUUCUUCCAUUUCGCCCAUGUUUUUAUAGUUUGGUCUGAAAAAAGCAUUUUAUUAGGUCCGGUUGUUCUGUUUUCUGUCACAUGCAAACGAUUCCUUGGCAACAUUGUUGUAUAAUUGGUAAGAACAUUUGUGUUUUGCAUUUUUAAUCGAAACCAAAAAAAAAAGCCGUCUUGUUCUUUCUC